GCAGUUGGUGAAACUCCUCUGCCUCCGGCUCAUCUUUUCAUUGCUCGCUGCACUCCUUCCCGCAGACACCCGGACCUCCCCUGGGCGCCAGCUCCUCGGCUCCAACGGGUCCAGAAACAAACCGGAUUUUUUUUUUUUUCUUCCUGGAAAUUGGCUUUAGUGCGUGUUGCCCUCCCUCCUUCCCUCCUCCCCCUCCCCCUCUUUUCCUCCCCCUCCCCUUUUUUUGAGACAUGGCCCGGGCAGUCGCUCCUGGAAGAGGAACAAGUGUGGGAAAAGGGAGAGGAAACCGGAGCUAAAUGACAGGAUGCAGGCGACUUGAGACACAAAAAGAGAAGCGUUGCUCUCGGAUCAAGGCACUGCUUCCCCGCUUUCCUUUCUCCAAGACGGACUGAGGAUUUUACAGCUCUAGGAGGAGUUGGAGCGCUUGGGAUUGUUUAAGAUUCCCCUCUUUCCUGGCCGUAUUUCCUUGCCGUUCUCCCGCGUCUGCCUGGGGAUCCGGCGAAGGGAGAAUGGAGAGGGAGCUGCCGCUCCUCUGCGCCGCGCUAGCCCUCGCCCUCGCCCUGGCCGGCGCUUUUCGCAACGAUAAAUGUGGCGAUACUAUAAAGAUUGAAAACCCCGGGUACCUUACGUCUCCUGGUUAUCCUCAUUCUUAUCACCCAAGUGAAAAAUGUGAAUGGCUGAUUCAGGCUCCGGAUCCAUCCCAGAGAAUUAUGAUCAACUUCAACCCUCACUUUGAUUUGGAGGACAGAGACUGCAAGUAUGACUACGUGGAAGUCAUCGAUGGAAAAAAUGAAAACGGACGUUUAUGGGGAAAGUUCUGCGGCAAGAUUGCACCUUCUCCUGUCGUGUCUUCAGGGCCCUAUCUUUUUAUCAGAUUUGUCUCUGACUAUGAAACACACGGGGCAGGAUUUUCCAUACGUUAUGAAAUUUUCAAGAGAGGUCCUGAAUGUUCCCAGAACUACACAACACCCAGCGGAGUCAUAAAGUCCCCUGGAUUCCCUGAAAAAUACCCCAACACCCUUGAAUGCACUUAUAUUAUCUUUGCACCAAAGAUGUCAGAGAUUAUCCUGGAAUUUGAAAGCUUUGACCUGGAACCCGACUCAAAUCCUCCAGGGGGGAUAUUCUGUCGCUAUGACCGACUAGAAAUCUGGGAUGGAUUCCCCGAUGUGGGCCCCCACAUCGGGCGUUACUGCGGCCAGAAAACGCCAGGUCGCAUCCGUGCCUCAUCAGGCAUCCUCUCCAUGGUUUUCUAUACCGACAGUGCAAUAGCAAAAGAGGGAUUCUCAGCAAACUACAGCAUCCUGCAGAGCGCCAUCUCCGAAGAUUUCAAAUGUAUGGAAGCUCUGGGCAUGGAAUCAGGAGAGAUUCACUCUGACCAAAUCACAGCCUCUUCCCAGUACAGCACCAACUGGUCAGCAGAGCGCUCCCGCCUGAACUACCUGGAGAAUGGGUGGACUCCUGGGGAGGAUUCGCACCGAGAGUGGAUCCAGGUGGACUUGGGCCUCUUGCGUUUUGUCACAGCUGUCGGAACACAGGGUGCCAUUUCCAAGGAAACCAAGAAGAAAUACUACGUCAAGACUUACAGGAUAGAGAUUAGCUCCAAUGGGGAAGACUGGAUCACCAUCAAAGAAGCAAAUAAGCCUGUCGUCUUUCAGGGAAACACCAACCCCACAGACGUCGUGUUGGGAGUUUUCCCCAAACCCCUAUUAACUCGAUUUGUCCGAAUCAAACCUAUGACUUGGGAAACUGGCAUCUCGCUGAGAUUUGAAGUUUAUGGUUGCAGGAUAACAGAUUACCCCUGCUCUGGAAUGCUGGGCAUGGUGUCUGGACUCAUUUCUGACUCCCAGAUCACAGCCUCGAACCAGGCGGACAGAAACUGGAUGCCCGAGAACAUUCGCCUGGUGACCAGUCGCUCCGGCUGGGCGCUGCCCCCCAGCCCGCACCCGUACAACAACGAGUGGCUGCAAGUGGACCUCGGGGAGGAGAAGAUCGUCCGCGGCCUCAUCAUUCAGGGCGGGAAGCACCGCGAGAACAAGGUGUUCAUGCGCAAGUUCAAGAUCGGGUACAGCAACAACGGCUCGGACUGGAAGAUGAUCAUGGAUGACAGCAAACGCAAGGCCAAGUCUUUUGAGGGCAACAACAACUACGACACACCUGAACUGCGGACUUUUCCACCUCUUUCCACACGAUUCAUCAGAAUCUACCCCGAGAGAGCCACUCACGGCGGGCUCGGGCUGAGAAUGGAGCUGCUGGGCUGUGAAGUCGAAGCACCUACAGCCGGACCAACCACUCCCAACGGGAACCCAGUGGACGAGUGUGAUGAUGACCAGGCCAACUGCCACAGUGGAACAGGUGAUGACUUCCAGCUCACAGGUGGUACCACGGUGCUGAGCACAGAAAAGCCGACCGUGUUAGACAGCACCAUGCAAUCAGAGUUUCCAACAUAUGGUCUUAACUGCGAGUUUGGCUGGGGCUCUCACAAGACGUUCUGUCACUGGGAACAUGACAACCACGUGCAACUCAAGUGGAGCGUGCUGACCAGCAAGACAGGACCCAUUCAGGAUCACACAGGAGAUGGCAACUUUAUCUACUCCCAGGCUGAUGAAAAUCAGAAAGGCAAAGUGGCCCGCCUGGUGAGCCCCGUGGUUUAUUCCCAGAACUCUGCCUACUGCAUGACGUUCUGGUAUCACAUGUCUGGGAACCACGUGGGCACACUGAGGGUCAAACUGCGCUACCAGAAGCCGGAAGAGUAUGAUCAGCUGGUCUGGAUGGCCAUUGGACACCAAGGAGACGACUGGAAGGAAGGACGAGUCUUGCUCCACAAGUCUCUGAAACUUUAUCAGGUGAUUUUUGAGGGAGAAAUCGGAAAAGGAAAUCUUGGCGGGAUUGCCGUGGACGACAUUAGUAUUAACAACCACAUCUCACAAGAAGACUGCACGAAACCGGCAGACCUGGACAAAAAGAACCCAGAAAUUAAAAUUGAUGAAACAGGGAGCACCCCAGGCUACGAGGGUGAGGGGCAAGGUGAGAAGAACAUCUCCAGGAAGCCCGGCAACGUGCUGAAGACCUUGGACCCCAUCCUCAUCACCAUCAUUGCCAUGAGCGCCCUGGGCGUCCUCCUGGGGGCCGUCUGUGGGGUCGUGCUGUACUGUGCCUGUUGGCACAAUGGGAUGUCGGAAAGAAACCUGUCUGCCCUGGAGAACUACAACUUUGAACUCGUGGAUGGCGUGAAGUUGAAAAAAGACAAACUGAACACACAAAGUACUUACUCGGAGGCAUGAAGGCGGGCAGAGAGGAAAAGACAGCAUCAGAGGAUUGAGGUGGGAGGACGUGGCGUGCGGGCGCUGGCGACUGCCCCAUCUUCUUUCACUGGGCAGGGUGCAAAGCGCGUGGCGCUGAGCCAGGCUUUUCUCAGGAGCUUCAAUUGCGUGUGAGCGACAGACGUGGACAAGUGAGCUGUGUUAACAGUCGGAAUCAUGUACAGUCACCUUUUCUCCUGUUGGUUUAAUUGGAAUCAUCAGAUAGAUGCUGGUGUUGAGACCAAGUAUGAUUGACUUAAUAAUUCAUUUCAACCUCCUCCUCCCCUGCUCUCUCUCUCUCUCUCUCUCUCUCUCUCUCUCUUAAUCUCUCUCUCUGUGUCUCUCCUCCUUCCUUUACGGAGUCUUUUCGGAAACUGUGCAAAAAAAUCCAAGAUGCUGGCACCAAGUGUAUUGAGUGGGGCCCUUUUGACGGACAUGCCACCCGUAGCCCAGUGCCCAGAAUAUAUUCGACUAACCGCUUUUCAGUGGACUCCUGACGUCGUACUUGUGUAUAAUUGCCCGCAUCGUGCAUAGGCGAAGAAUGAUUAGGACGUUUUCUUUUCAAAGUACUAUAGCCUCAGUCCCAGUAUAACGUGUCAGCUCUGUUUACGAAGCAAUACCGUCAGAUUUUCUCGAUGUUUUUCCAGUGUUGAACUAACCCCCGUGCUUGUGAACCCCAUACAGAAAACUGUGCCAUCACCAAACACUGCUGGCAACUGGGUGUACUGCUGCCAACCGCAACCACCACCACAACGCCCUUGGCACUGGCUAGUCGAUGUCCUCUCAAGUGCCUUUUUGUUCGUACUGGUCCAUUGUGUUACAUUAACGACCCACUCCGCUUCCCGCUGGUGAAAGCCCUACUCUUUAAUCAAACCCUGGUGGCCCACUGACUACGAAGAAAGUAUAUUUUAGUGUGAGACGUCAGCCCCCUCGGGAAGGCAAGGGCUCUGAAGAUUUGGCAACGUGGCUUAAUUGUUCUGCUUUCUCUGUAGUUCAAGUUCAUGUCUCUUGACCCUUUUGUAUAAAGCUGCGAUAUUCUCUCUGGCUCUUCUUUCAUAUGGAAUGUAUUUUCAAAUGUAAAACUUCUUCUCUUUCUCUCCUAUCUCUCUGUCUUGGGGUUUUUUUUUUUUGUUUUUUUGUUUUUUUCUUCUCUCUCCCUCUCUCUUAGAAUUUAAGCAUUUGCCAUUGUCCAGAAAAGAAAUUUACAGCUUUAACCUGCUGGGAAUGGCAAACAAUUUUACUAGUCAACUUUUAUGUUUAAGAAAAAAUAAAUAAGGGAAAUUCUUCACUUUGCCCUCCAAAGUCUAACUUUGGUUUUCUUGUUAACUGGUUAAAGUGACAGUAUCUUUUUUCCUUAAGCCGUUUGUCAGUCUUUUCUGAUCACAAUGCCCUUCCCUAGAAGUGUUUGCAUUUGGUAGAAAUAGCUCUAAGUUGAGGAAAGAAAUAAUACCAAUUGGCUUUCAAGUGAGGAAAGGAAGGAUUGAAUAAAAUCUUCCAAAUAUCUAAAAACAUGACAUUUUUAUGUCCAGAUGUGCAAAAAUGACCCAGGAGAACCUUCUUGUUUUGGUGUUGAGUCAGACCGGGAAGUGGAAGGAAGAACAGUUAAUUUAAGAAAGAAACGAUAAAUCCUGAUGGCUGGGGGGGAGUAUUUUAAGAUAAGAGGGGGAAAAAUACAUAAAGUCAAAGCAAUUUUUUUUUUUUUUUUGAGACAUAG